CGGUAGUCUGCAAGGGUGAAUAGGGCUCUGACGGUAGUCUGCAAAAGAGUGAAUAGUCUACAUGGAAAAGGAAAGUAACGACAUUCUUAAACAAGCUCACAUGGAAUUUAGUAACAAAAACUUUAAACAGGCAGAGGAAUUAUACAGUCACUUUGUCACGUCUUGUGAGAAGAAACAGUCAAGGAAAUGUGACGCCACGGACCUCGCAGUUGCAUUGAAUAACCGCGGCCAGAUAAAGUAUUUGAGAGUUGAUUUCAAGGAGGCAAUGGAGGACUACACUUUGGCGAUAGAGGCAAAUAAAGAAUUCGAAGUGCCAUACUACAACAGAGGAUUAAUACACUACAGACUAGGUUUUUUUGAAGAUGCCGAGAAAGACUUCAAGAAAGUUCUGGAAUUGAAUCCAAAUUUUGAAGAUGCCAAACAGAGCUUACAGCAAACAAUAAUAGAUCACCAAGAAAAGAUGAACAGAGGAUACUAAGCUGGAUAGUUUGAUCUUACCAUUCUUAAAUGCCCCUGUGUGUAAUAUAUUGUAAUCUUUGUACAGCAUGUAUAAAUCACCAACAGCCUUAUUGCAACUAUUUUGUAUUCUCUAGGACUGAGGUGCAUUUCUCUUGGUUCAAAAUCUCUACUCAAAAAGGUGAUUUAAUUAAAGUGAAGGCUAGCCUACAAAACAA